AUGGAACUAGUUAGAUAUGCUGAAAGUGAAUGCCAGGCUUGGUUUAAUGCCAAUGAGAGGAUACCGGAUAACCCACGUGAGCUGCACAAUGAGGAACUCCAAGCCAUAAGCUUGGAUAAUAUAUGUAUGGUGGAUGGACCAUGGACUUCCAUGGCACAGUUUAGUGGUUGCGGAUGGGUCUGGAAGGAUAGUCUGGGACAGACACAGCUUAUGGGAAUGCGCAACUUAAGUAGGAGAGAGACUUCUUUGCAUUCGGAAGUGGAGGCACUAAGGUGGGCAAUGGAGAGCAUGCUUCUACAUUCUUCGUGUCAGAGAUUUGGAACAGAUUGCAAAGACCUAAUAGCAAUGAUACGAGAACCUCAAGCUUGGCCAAGUUUCGCGACUGAAUUGGAGGCAAUAAAGACGCUCCAGCUAUGUUUUCCAGAAUUCAAGAUCUCUCACAUCCCACGAGCACAAAAUGGAAUAUCUGAUUCGUUAGCUAAAUCUGCUAGAUCCUUUUAUAGGAAGCUUUGUUACAUUGGUUGUUCUAUUCCUGUCUGGUUACCCAGACCAUCUCAAGUUCUUUGA